UCUCUCUCUCACACAUUCACCGCCUUCGUCCCUUUCACUCUCUCUCUCUGUCUCUCUCGCUUUCUCUCUCUAAAAUGGUUAGGGUUUCUUAAGCGCGUCUUCUUCGCGUGAUUUUUCAGAAACAAUGUUGCAGAUAAACCCUAAUUCUCUCCGCCAAUUCUCCGAUUCCCGCCUCUUCGAGCUUUCUAGGUCAACCAUGGAUUGAUUGAUUCAGCUUUUUUUCUUCUUCUUGGGGUGGCAGUCCUUCAAUCGAAAUGUAUAAUGUUCCUGAACAUGCAAAUAAUGACGUUUAUAUGAUCCAAGGCAUGGAACCAAAUAUGCAUUUUACGACUCCCUUUGAACAAGUUGAUGCCAUGUACAACGAAGGAGCCCCCGAGUAUGUAGUUGAUCAGGGCAUGUAUUAUCCUACUGCCACCAACUAUGGGUACUACUGUACAGGAUUUGAAUCACCCGGUGAAUGGGAGGACCAACGUAGGACUUUUGGUGUAGAUGGUCCAGAUGUCCAGUACGCGGGUGCGCAAAAUGAAAGUUUGCCUUAUGUAUAUUAUACACCUGGCUAUGGAUAUGCACAGACUUCAUACAACCCAUACAACCCUUACAUACCUGGUGCUAUGAUAGGUGUUGAUGGCCAACAGUAUUAUACCGUCCCCCCUUAUCAGAAUUCUGUCUCUUCACCUGCUUAUGUCCCUUUUGUUGCUCAGCCGGAUGUCAUUCCCAAUAGUUCACCUGACUCUUUGUACGAUACUGGAACAUCUAUUAAUAGACCUGGUGGAAGAGGCCUUAAAUAUAAUUUGAAUUCAGCUUCUGCAGCCUUCCCUAACACUCCUAAGCCAUCCUCGAAUCAGAUGAGCCCCUUGACUAGGUUAUUAGAAAGGCCAAGAGGCAAUGUUGGACCAAGCAAGCCAGCUGUAACUCAUGGCAGUGUUUCUUCUGGUCGUUUUCCAAACCCUGCUCACCAGAGUAGAAGUGCAUCCGGCUCAGUUCCAGCCGUGGAUAACCUUUCAAAUGGGAAAGUUUUGCCUCAUCAUAAUCAAUUGAAGGUAGCAAUCCCUGUAGGUAAUGGCUUGUCUGAUUUUGGAUCGGGUGCACAAGGACGAGAUGCUGUGGCUAAGCUUCGGCCAAAGUUCCAUGUUGGCAGGGCCUUGAAUGAUAUACAUGGUAAUAUAGAGCCGUUGAGUGAGCAGAAUUGUGGUCCUAGAGUCAAUAGAUUAAAAAAGCAAUUAGCUGUUAAAGCCUACACAACCAAGGCAGGAGAUAGUAAUGCGCAAGGAAAUAUCAUUAUUCGCACUGAUCAGUAUAACAAGGAUAAUCUCCCAGUUGAUUAUGUGCAUGCAAAAUUUUUUGUAAUAAAAUCAUACAGCGAGGAUGAUGUGCAUAAGAGUGUUAAAUACAAUGUCUGGUCAUCCACACCGCAUGGCAACAAAAAACUAAGCAGUGCUUAUGAAGAUGCCCAACGAAUAGCUGCAGGGAACCCUGGAGGCUGUCCUAUCUUCCUCUUCUUUUCGGUAAAUGCAAGUGGUCAAUUCUGUGGCGUCGCAGAGAUGGUUGGCCCGGUUGACUUCAACAAGGAUAUGGACUUUUGGCAGCAAGAUAAAUGGAGUGGGAGCUUCCCUGUUAUUUGGCACAUUGUCAAAGAUGUGUCGAACACCAGUGUUAGGCACAUCGUAUUGGAGAACAAUGAGAACAAGCCGGUGACUAAUAGCAGGGAUACACAAGAGAUCAUGUAUAAGAAAGGCUUGGAGAUGUUGAAAAUAUUCAAGAAUCACAUGAUGAAGACCUCAUUGCUUGAUGACUUUAUGUACUAUGAAGACCGUCAGAAAAUCAUGCAGGAUGAGAGAGGCAGGUUUCUUGUUAGAAAUUUUGAGACUCCAUUCUUAGUAACAGCAUUGGGACCCCCACGCAAGCUGAACCCUGUUCGUGAGCUGCCUCACAGCAAAGAGGAAAAAGACACCAAACCUAAUGAUGCAAACAACUCAGAAAAGUCUCUGGUUUCUGCAUCUGAGCAGAUUUCCUCAAACUUAGAUGUUAAAGAUGCGAGUAUUAGGAGUGAAAAUUCAGAGAAAAAGGCACUUGAAGCAGAAGAUGAUGCUGUAUCUACCUUAAAAAUUAGUUCGCUUACUAUUGAUCCAAAGCAGGUGGAGCUUGAUUCUUCAGCUGGUGCUGCUACUGCUACUUCAAAAAAUGUUGAUGUUGUCACUGUAGGCUCAAUUCCUGUUAGAGUUAAUGGAUUUGCUGAAUCCUUGGGUACUUUAACUGUUGGAACGAUCCCUCUGGAUCCUAGAGCACUAAAACUCGAGAAGGGCAGUUCUCUUAACUAACAUGGGAGCAAUGAGAAUGAUUCUGAAGCUAUUCACAGUUCGUUUUCUUAGUACUGUUUUGUAUGGUCGAGGUGUCCAUUGGAUCCUGAGUUUAUGAUAUACUCAAGUCAUGGUUAUAGUCAAUGAUAGAGUGGACUGACUCAGCUAUGAUGUAGUCUCUAUUUUUGCACCCCCCUUUUGCUCCGGUUGUUUCUUGUCCACCCUUUUACUUUUUGGGGGUUGUGUUGUUGCUGGAAAGAGAAAUACAGAUUUAUAUUCAAGAUACAAAAAAAUUUCUAUUA